CGGGAGUUCGAAGAGCUCCAGCGUAGUGCCCAAAUGCCUCUCUCAUCUCCCACCCUCUCCCACGGUGAGGCAGAGGCACAAAUGUCGUUACACCCAGACGCUCGUAAACCGGUAACGCCUGAGUUUGACGGUGAUGUCAACCCCAGAACGGGCGAACAAGGAGGUCCGAAGAGGGAACCCGUCGGGAAGUGGAGUGAUGACGGCGGUGACUGGAGUUUCAAAGGGCGUGUCUCUGACUUCUAG